AUGCGCCAACGCAGUAGCGCCGCCACCCACGCCGCCUCACUACAAACACCACCACGAGGCCAAGAGGACCGGGGAGAAGCUCACCACGACAGGAGCAGCAACACCGACGCCGAGCGGGAGGGAACCACCUCCACCGCCGUCGCGCGGGAGGCCCGCGCCUCCGGCACCGUCGCGGUAGCCGUCCGGACGCGGCAGCGGGGCAUGCCGGGCCACCCCUGGCCCAGCCAGGCCCGAAGCAGGCCUGUUAAGCCCCGCCGGCCGCGAUGCAGCAGGCCGGCGUCAGCGCCGCCGGCACCCAGCCACUCGUCGCUUCUCCCCUGCCUCCCAGAAGCCACGCCGGAGACCAUCCCCGCCGCCGGACCGCCCAGGCCCAGAUGGGGCCCGAAGGGCCCAGAUCUGGGUCGAGCAGACGACGCCAGAUCCCGCCGCCGCCCAACUGCUCGCCUGCAUGCACCACGGAACCCCGCCGGCACGCCAAACCACCGCCGCCUAAUAGCACCCCCCGGAGCAGCUCCGCCCGCGCCGGAGAGCGACCAGGAGGGGAAGAGCCAGGAGGCCGCCGCCACCAGCAGCCCCGGGGCUAAGCCGGCCGCGGGCGCCGGCGACGGCAGCGGGAAGGGAGGAGGGAGGGAAUUUGAAACGCAGGCUUCCUCUAGUUAUCGUAUUAGCUUCGGAGCCACGUAG